AUGCAGAUAAAUCAGCCCUCAAAUCAAAUCCGUCUAACAAAUGUCUCUCUCGUCCGUCUGAAAAAAGGUAAAAAGCGCUUCGAAAUCGCCUGCUACAAGAACAAAGUCCUCGAAUACCGUAGUGGUAUCGAGACCGACCUGGAUAAUGUUCUCCAGAUACCCAACGUCUUUCUUUCCGUCAGCAAAGGGCAGACGGCGCCCACACAGGACCUGGCAAAGGCUUUCGGACCAAAGACCAGUGUUGACGACAUUAUUCAAGAGAUCCUGAAGAAAGGUGAGAUGCAGGUUGGUGAAAAGGAACGGCAUGCGCAGGCGGAAAGGAUCCACAACGAGAUUGUGGACAUCGUUGCUGGAAAAUUAGUCGAUCCGAAGAGUCAAAGAGUAUACACAGCGGGGAUGAUUGAGAAAGCCUUGGAGCAGUUGAGCAGUCAGGGUGCACAACAUAAGCAAGAAGAACAUGGCAAAGGGAGUGUUACUGCUACGCCAACAGCGGACGGAGAGGAGGCCAAGGGGAAGAGGAAGGACUUGCCGACGUGGACGGGCGUGGUGACUACGAAGAGUGCGAAAAGCCAGGCUCUGGAGGCUAUGAAGGCGUUGAUCGCAUGGCAGCCCAUACCCGUGUCGAGGGCGAGGAUGAGGUUGAGGGUUACGUGUCCUUCGAGUAUUCUCAAGCAGGCAACGAAAGCAGGGCCAAAGAAAGCAGCAGAGGACGGAGAAGACGUUGACGCGGAGAGAGCCACCGGGACUGUGAAAGACAGGAUAUUGAGCUAUGUGGAGCAGAUAGAGACCCAGGAUACGUUGGGGCAGGAAUGGGAAGUAGUUGGCUUCGUGGAGCCGGGAGCCUUCAAAGGCUUGGGGGAGUUCGUCGGUGGUGAGACGAAAGGCAAAGGCAGAGUCGAGGUGCUUGACAUGGCUGUGCUCCACGAAGGAGACUAG